AUGGCCAGUUACAGCUUCAGGCAAACCAGCUCCUCCGUGGUGGGGGGACCCGGCGCCUCCUCCCUCCGCUUCGGUGGCAGCUUCAGGGCCCCCAGCAUCCACGGGGGAUCUGGUGGCAGAGGUGUGUCCGUGUCCUCGGCCAGGUUUGUCUCCUCUGGCCUAGGAAGCGGCCUGGGGGGUGGCUAUGGCGGAGGCAGCUUCAGCAGCAGCUUUAGCUAUGGGGGUGAUGGGCUCCUGUCGGGAAAUGAAAAGGCGACCAUGCAAAGCCUGAACGAUCGCCUGGCCUCCUACCUGGAGAAGGUGCGAGCGCUCGAGGAGGCAAACUCUGACCUCGAAACCAAAAUCCGAAACUGGUACCAAAAACAAGGACCAAGCCCAGCUCGGGACUACAGUCCUUAUUUCAAGACUAUUGAGGACCUCCGAGACAAGAUCCUUGAUGCCACCAUUGAUAACGCCAGGAUUGUGCUGCAGAUUGACAAUGCCAGGCUGGCUGCUGAUGACUUCAAAACUAAGUUUGAGACUGAGCAAGGUCUGCGCAUGGGCGUGGAGGCCGACAUCAACGGCCUGCGCCGGGUCCUGGAUGAGCUGACCCUGUCCAGAGCCGACCUGGAGCUGCAGAUUGAGGGAUUAAAGGAGGAACUGGCCUACCUAAAGAAAAACCACGAGGAGGAGCUGAGUGCCCUGAGAGGACAAGUGGCCGGUCAAGUCAGCGUUGAGCUGGACUCUGCUCCAGGCAUUGACCUGUCCAAGAUCCUGGCAGAUAUGAGGGACCAGUAUGAACAGAUGGCUGAGAAGAACAGGAAGGAUGCUGAGGCCUGGUUCCACAGCAAGACUGAAGAGCUGAACCGUGAGGUCGCCGUUAACACCGAACAACUGCAGAGCAGCAAGUCUGAGGUCACUGACCUGAGACGCACCCUGCAGGGGCUGGAGAUCGAGCUGCAGUCCCAGCUGAGCAUGAAAGCGGCGCUGGAGGGCACCUUGGCCGACACAGAAGCGCGUUAUGGGGCACAGCUGGCACAGAUCCAGGGGCUGGUUGGCAGCAUCGAGGCACAGCUGGCUGAGCUCAGAGCUGACAUGGAGCGCCAGAACACCGAGUACAAGAUCCUCAUGGAUAUCAAGACUCGGCUGGAGCAAGAGAUCGCUACGUACCGACAGCUCCUGGAAGGCCAGGAGUCCCAGAUGUUUGGCUCCCUUUCGGGAACUGCCGACAAAAGAGACAAGCACUGAAGGUCUUUCAAAGGUCAUCUGCAAACUGAGAAAAAGCCGACAACACAUGUGGAUUGAGAUGGAGAAAUUACUCUGAACUGCUGGAAAUGACUCUUGAAGCACAGAAGGUUCUUGGCCACACAAAG